AGACGCGAACAGUGUACUUACUGCUUGCAGACAUCAACUUCACCUUCCUCGACAUCGUGGACAAUCCAACAACAUCGCAGAUUCUAUCCACCACUGGAAUCUCAGUUGCAAAGUUUCGCUACUGCUCAGGUAUUGACGUGCCAACGUACGCACCCCGACCAUAGCUGUGUACUAUGGCGGGCUAUAUCACAUAGAACCCUGAAGGGUUGUUCAUGGGCGCAUCUGGUCUCAAGAUUGUCUUUCCGAUCCAAGUCCUCUCCGCCAUCCAUGAUUCAAACCCAGUUAUUUUAUAGAGUUCGAAGUUCGUCAGAAUAAGUCUCAAUUGAUGAGCACACCAUCAUCUCCCUCAUCCCAGGAUCCGAUCUCACCCCCUUCACAUGGGGCACCCCAAUCUACCCUCCAUCUCCUCAACUCCCCGUCAGCCUCCCUCACCAUCCUUCCCUACACAGCACCAGAUCGAAUUGAUCGAUUUCCGGACGAUAUCAUCAUUGGUCAUAGAACCUGUUGUAAAGAGCAUGGGUAGGACGAAGAGGCUCGUGAUCGUGUAUCAGGCGGGAUUGAUGGGUGAGUACUUUUUCGUUCUCUUCCUUCCCUCCUUUCGUUCUCUUCCUUUCUCACUUGUUUAAACGGGUUCUGAUGUCAUUGAUUCAUGUAGUGUCCCAGCUGCGUUGUAGUUU